AUGAUCCCUUUCACUCCCCCCACCACGUUCACGCACGUCCAGCAACUUCCGAUUCCCGACUCUUUCCGACAACCACUCAACGCCGCUGGGGUCACCACCCGCCUUUCCCUCGCUUCUGGCUCUCGAUUUCCUUUCAACAUCUCAACUUCCGCCCAUCGUUGCUAUCAUAUUGCUCCAUCACUCGCUCGCUCCGGUAUUCUCCCUCGAAAAUGCCAAAAUCUGUACCAUCAAACCCCUUUUGCCUACCAAGCCUUACGGCACACUACGAACGAGGGUCAACAAAGGCCGACGUCCUCCUAA